CGGGUAGGGACUCUCACAGUGGGUCCCGGCGACAUUAUCAACCUCAAAUCCUACACCGUGGCCUUUCUAUGUAGGUGGCACAAGGUUUUCAUUCUGGAAUGCCUCCCGUGUCUCCUGGAACGGCCCCCGAGAAGGAUGGGGGCCGACAGGAAACCAGGAGAACCACACGGGAACCGGGUGCGCGGCUGCCUCCCUGGCCACGCCCCCUUCCCAAGACCACGCCACUUUCCCGGAGCCCACGCCCCGCAGAGCCACCUCCGGGCCGGCAGAGGGCGCCCCGCGCAGACACCACUAUCCGGAAAGAGACGAGCGGCGGCGGAGGCGGCCGAGCCAAGGCUGGCGGCACGGGCGGAGUGGACGCGAUGGCGCAGCAAGUCGAGCAGCUGCGAGCGGACGGCGUGGACAAGGAGGUGCUGCGGGAGGGCACCGGACCGUUGCCUGACUUCCGCGACGGCACCAAGGCCACUUUCCACUACCGGACGCUGCGGUGCGACGAUGAGGAGACGCCGGUGGACGAUAGCAGGGAGCGGGGAAAGCCCAUGGAGCUCAUCGCCGGGAAAAAAUUCAAGCUGCCGGUGUGGGAAGCGGCGCUGCGAACCAUGCGGCCCGGCGAGCGUGCGCGCUUCCGCUGCGACGCCAAGCACGUGGUGCUUUACCCGCUAGUGUCUAAGAGCCUGCGGAACAUCGCAGCAGGGAAGGACCCACUGGAGGGGCAGCGGCACUGCUGCAGCAUCGCCCAGAUGCACGAGCACUACUCCCUGGGGUACCCCGACCUCGACGAGCUCCAGAAGAACCCCCAGCCCCUCAUCUUCGACAUCGAGGUGCUGAAGGUGGAGCCACCCGGCUCCUACCAGCAGGACCCAUGGGCCAUGACAGAUGAGGAGAAGCUCCAGGCUGUGCCCCAGAUCCACAAGGAAGGCAACGAGCUGUACCGGCAGGGCAAAGUGCCCGAGGCAGCUGCCAAAUACUACGAUGCCAUUGCCUGUCUCAAAAACCUGCAGAUGAAGGAGCAGCCAGGCUCUCCAGACUGGAUCGAGCUUGACCAGAAGAUCACACCCCUGCUCUUAAACUACUGCCAGUGCAAGCUGCAGUGUGAGGAGUACUACGAGGUGCUGGAUCACUGCUCCUCCAUCCUCAACAAAUACGAGGACAAUGUCAAGGCCUACUUCAAGCGGGGCAAGGCGCAUGCAGCCGUGUGGAAUGUGGCUGAGGCACAGGCUGACUUUGCCAAAGUCCUGGCGCUCGACCCCUCGCUGCGGCCCGUGGUCUCCAAGGAGCUGCGGAGCCUGGAAGCGCGGCUGCGGGAGAAGGAUGCCGAAGACAAGAUCCGCUUCAAGGGCAUCUUCUCCCAGUAGAGUCUGUGGCAGCAAGGGAGAGCCCAGUGCUCUCAGGAUGGGUUCUUUUAGAUAUUCCACAUGUGGAAUGGUCAUGGAUGUUUAUUAAUGUUUAAUACAGAUUUUACUUAUUUGAAGUCAGUGGAAAGGGCCCCGGAGCUCGCCACAGCCUGGGGACACAACCAGGCACUUAAGUGGCAGCAUAAAGCAUUGCAGCACAUGGCUGAAGCUGUUUGCUGGGCUCUAGACUCUGGUCGUUGUCACACCAGGGAUGUGUGGGUGACAAGAGCCCGCUGCUUCCCUGCCAACUUUUAUCACUUAUUUGGGUGUUUUUAUACUUUAUGAUGGCCAUGGAGGGGCAGCACCAAGCUUCGGCCCCAGCUCCAACCCGUUCAUGCCUGUUCUCUGUGCCACGCCAUUGUCACUUCUCCAGGCUGCUGCUAUCAUCCCAAACCAGUGUCUCCUCUUGUCAUGUCAGUGUCGGGAAUAUUUUAUAUAGAAUAACAGCUUGUUCCUGCUAUCUCUAUAAACCUCUGGUCAUGCUAUGCCAAGAUAAACUCAAGUAAAACCA